AUCCAAAACAACACACACAACACACACUAUGUCACGCUCUGAACACCAAACCAAAAACUAAAACCCAAAGAGCAAAAGAAUAUUUUGUUCUUUUCUUUUUUACCAUUUCUGAAAAUUUUGCUUGUAUAUUCGGUUUACAUAUAUGGUUUCGGUUUAUCCAACUCCACCUGCGGCUCACCAGCAAGAUUUUUACUAUUUCCCGGGCAUGGGGGAUCCGAUGAAAGUGGGUCUUCCUGGUCUGCAUUCCCUGCAACCGCCGACAAAUGUUACUGGUACAACCGGCACCGGUAACGUGAUUGAUUCUGGCACCGGUGUGGUUUCGGAGGAUCCAAAUAAGAAGGUCCGGAAGCCGUAUACCAUCACCAAGUCUAGAGAGAGCUGGACUGACCAAGAGCAUGACAAGUUUCUAGAAGCUCUUCAACUAUUUGACCGGGACUGGAAAAAGAUUGAAGCUUUUGUUGGGUCAAAAACAGUUAUCCAGAUACGUAGCCAUGCACAAAAAUACUUUUUAAAGGUGCAAAAAAGUGGGACAAGCGAACAUGUGCCUCCUCCUCGGCCAAAGAGGAAAGCAUCACAUCCAUACCCGCAAAAAGCCCCAAAAACUGCUGGACCCCAGGUUACUGGGCAAUUGCAUUCCUCCUCUGCGUUGGUUGAACCGAAGUACGUUAUGAGGCCUGAUUCCUUGUCAGUUCCUGGCAAUUCAGUAAGCAACCCUGUUGUGUCUCCUUGGACAUACAAUACGGUACCAACAGCAAAUACGUUAUACCUGACGAAAGAUAAAGAUAUGGGCUUAGCUGGUGCUACAAUCACACACAAUUAUAGCAGCAGCAGCAAUGAAAGCACUCCAAGGAUUUGGCCUAUCAAUGAGACAAGUGAUCAAGUAAAGGAGAAAGAUAACAAGCCAGCCAGAGUAAUGCCGGAUUUUGCUCAAGUGUAUAGCUUCAUUGGUAGCAUCUUUGAUCCCAAUGCAAGUGAUCAUUUGCUGAGACUAAGGAAGAUGGACCCAAUUAAUAUGGAGACGGUGCUGAUGCUGAUGAAGAACCUUUCUGUCAAUUUAGUGAGCCCUGAAUUUGAGGAUCAUAGGAGAUUAAUUGCCUCAUCUGGGCGGGGUACAGAAGAAUAUAAACAGAAAGCGCCCAACAAAAUGAUCCCAGCUUAGAAGCUAGAGCACAUGGUUUGAUCUUUGUGAUAGGUUUGAAGGUGGGAAGUGCUAAUGUGUCCUUUAGUUCUUUUUUCCGUUCACUAGCUUGGAAGUCUCUGCUGAUUUAGUUAUUUACAAUGGAUUAUCAGCUAGGUUAUGUGGUUGAAGCUGUGGGCUAUGAUUGCAACAGUUCAUAUUAUAUGCCCUUGUGUGAUAUUCUAUGUUUGUUGCAUGGACUUUCAAAUGUCCGUGUCUGUCCAAUGUACGCACGUUAGGUCACAUGUUUUUGGUGGCAUUCGGAGAUGGAGUUCCUGUAACAAGCCAGCUUAUAUAGGUUUCUUUCCAGCCACGCCGUUCUGGAUGGCUGAUGCUGGCUUUGGUUUCUCGCUCUGUGUUUACUUUUGGUGGGCAUGGGCUGUCGCCUGUUGGCUGGGGUGGAAGGCGGAUGACAGUUUUGAUUCUCUUGCUUUUAAGAAGUUUUGCUGCUACCAAAUGUUAGAUGGAAUCACUAUGUAUAGCAAUUAUGUAUAUAUGUACACAUGUUUAAAUUUCUGUUAGUCAUCUCAUGAUUAUUUCUUAUUC